CCUGGCCCCCGCGCGGCACUCACCCUGGGCUGCGCAGCUUCCCACUGCACCGCCAGCACCAGCCGCGCGAAGGUGAUCCAGAGCCAAGAUGGCCGUCCUCUCUAAGGAAUACGGCUUUGUGCUUCUAACUGGUGUGGCCAGCUUUGUCAUGGUAGGUUACCUGGGCGUGAAUGUCGCAAAGGCCCGCAAGAAGUACAAGGUGGAGUAUCCAACUAUGUACAGCACGGACCCUGAAAACGGACACCUCUUCAACUGCAUUCAGAGAGCCCACCAGAACACGUUGGAAGUGUAUCCACCCUUCUUAUUUUUUCUAGCUGUUGGAGGUGUUUACCACCCGCGUUUAGCUUCUGGCUUGGGCUUGGCCUGGAUUGUUGGACGAGUUCUUUAUGCUUAUGGGUACUACACGGGAGACCCCAGCAAGCGGAGGCGAGGAGCCCUGGGCUCCAUCGCCCUCAUUGGCUUGAUGGGCACAACCCUGUGCUCUGCCUUCCAGCAGCUUGGUUGGGUUAAAACUGGCCUGGGUGGCGGCUCCAAGUGCUGCCAUUAAAGAACUGUAGGGGUUUAAAACCCUAAUUCAUUUAGAAUGACUUACCUUUGUUUCCAGUGACAUCUUUUUUUUUUUCUAAAUACAAUAAAAACUUAUCUGGCGUCAGCCUCAUACCUAAA